AAGACCAAGCUUGUAGAAGCUACAGAGUUUUACGUAAGAAAGAAGUACAUGAGCCAAACAUAUGCCGGACACAUGAGGAUGGAGGCCUAAGGCAGGAGAGGAACCUCUACCAAACCGUGGAGGUGGAUAACAGAGACCUUUGCCUCCCGGGAGAAUCGGCAUCCGUCACCGACUUGAGAGUCCGCUAUAUCCCCGCUGAGCCUAAUGAACAGCUAGAGGUGCGGGUCAUCCCUGAGUCCUGCAAGCCCGAGACCAUUGCGUACUUGAUCCACGUGAUCCAGAAUUUGAACGAUCCUGACGCUACCACCUAUGAGAUCGUCUGCCACCAGCCCCAUGACCUGGGGCAGCCUGUCUACGUGAAGAAGUGCUACGUGUCACCCCAGCCGCCAGUAGUCCCGUGUGACAGGAGCAACCACCCAGAGCCACAACCCCAAAGGGAUGAGCGAGAAACAGGGGAGCCCAAACCACUGCGGCAAGGGGGUACACCACCUUCUACCUCCCAGGAAAACACAGGGGAUCUCAAUGAGCCACAGAAAAGUUCUGAAACAGUGAAGGAAGGGGCUCACCUGGCUUCCACCUCCAAGCCAUGUGGUGUUAAGGGUCAUCCUCUCCAGGCAAAGACCAAGGAGGACAGGAGGGACGGCCAGUGCCCCAGGAUGCCUGACGUGGAAGAGAAGGAGCAUCACCCCAAAGGAGAUGGAUCAAAAUCUUCCAGGGAGAAGGUACCGUGGGAGCCUGAAUCCAGAUGCCAGGUGAGGGAGUGUGAGGACAGGGAGGCCACGAGCUGCCCACCUCUGCCCCGGGCUCUGGAGCCACAGGAAGCUUGCGAGCCAGGCCAGCAAGCCACCAAAGAGAGCCGUCGCCAGCCGCCCCAGAGAGAUGAAGCCAGCUGCUGCCACGAGGACGCAGAGCUUCUCCCGCCAAAGACCCACCAGCCAUGGGAGAAGAAGAGCAAGAGGAGCCCCCAGCAAGGACUCUCACUCGGCAGCGGCACCGGGGCGGCCAGCCCCAGUGAGGAGCUCAAACCAGCACCGCUGGGGCCAAAUCCCGACUGCAGCCAGCUCCCAGCACAGCAACCCAACCCCACGGGGCUGCCUUCCGACCUCAAACCAGCACCGCUGGGCCCAAACCCCGACUGCAGCCAGCUCCCAGCACAGCAACCCAACCCCACGGGGCUGCCUUCCCCCUCUUUUUACAACGUGAGGGGGCUGCGAGGUGUUGCCAGCAACGCUCAGCAGCCCACGGAGACGGAACGCUGCAUCGAGUCCCUGCUGGCUGUCUUCCAGCGCUACGCCGGGCGGGAAGGGGACAGCUGCACGCUCUCCAAGAGGGAGUUCCUGGCCUUCAUGAACACCGAACUGGCUGCCUUCACAAAGAAUCAGAAGGACCCGGGUGUUGUGGACAGGAUGAUGAAGAAACUCGAUUUGAAUAGUGAUGGCCAGCUAGACUUCCAGGAGUUCCUGAACCUCAUCGGGGGCAUCGCGGUGGCCUGCCACAACAGCCUGGUUGUUAAGGCCCCUUCCCCCUAG